GCUCUUGAUUCAGAUUUAAAAAACUCCAGAUUCCCACAGAAUGAUGCUGCCACCACCAUGUCUCAUAGCAGGUUGACUUCAACCCCCCAUUUGGUCUCAGUCCUUCUGGAAAACACAUAAAGGUUUCACUUUGAAACAUUUGGAGAAAAAAGGCGUCUUUGUUUGCACUAAUCACUUCAAGAACGAGUGACAUGAAUUCAAUGUGCUGAUAUGGCAUCUUGGCUGUUGUUUUGUUAGCAAUAGCAUCGUGCCUUUUGCUAAGCUGAGCACUGUGUGCUAGCUGGUAGAUAACUUAAGGACAUUACUGUACUACGUGUUUUGAUUAGUAUUGUUACAUAAAGAGUUUGGCAUCACUUGAUUCAAAUGCAUUCGUUCACUAACGUUCUUGGUGCUAGAGUUAGCUAACUCGCUAACCCUGCUGACGCCUUGUUUACUGGAGGUGUUUGUUCAGGCUGUGGCUCCAGCAGGUAAGGCUGGAUGGACGAGUCUACCGUUGUUGACAUCUGGCUCUGAGAUGGUAAGAGGUGGUAUCAUGCUGUGGGCUGUCUGAUGCAGUAUUGACGCAGAGCCUUCAACAUCAUCUCUUCAUGAGAUGUUCAUCCAGUUUUCACCAAGACAAUGAACCACAUUCCAGAGGUUAGGCUGAGGAAGAAGAGGAGGAGGAGGGUACAGCUGCUGGACUGUCUCUGAAGGAGAAGCUAAGGACCAGAAGUUGGACAUGGUGCUGUUGGACACUUUAAGACAAGAAUGAGAUGAACAACAUCUGGAAGCUUUCCUGGUUUUGGAAGCGCAGCCACAGAAAGUGGCUUCUAACUUUUAACUGCUGGGAGACGGAAAGAAACCACCGCAGACUGGGAACAACUAAGACCGGGGACAGGGAACGCGUCUGAGUCUAAAAUACAGAGAGGGACGUGAACGUCUCAAAGGAAGCUGAGAGGACAGGAGAGGAGCGGAGAUGAGACUGAAGAUGAGCGGCUGCUGAAACGACAGACAUGGACAAACAGAAAGUUCUGGCGAAGCUGAUCUGGGAUCUGCAGACGUUCCUGUCGGUUCUCGACUCGGAGAACCUGAGCUACAUCGCUCAGGCGCAGAAGAAGUCGAUCUCAGAGCUGCUGUCCAAACUGCAGACGCCCGACGCUCCAGUGGAAGAUGCUGAGUACAUGGUGAUGAGCUGCCCCUCAUCGUCGCUAGGCAACGAGCUGGACGACUCACCUGGGACAGAUGCAGUUUGGUCGUCUGAGCUGAUCUCACAUCAGGACCCGUCGGACUGGAUGAAGAGCGGGGGCCCCACCGUCCCUCCUCAUCCUCCAGGCGGGCUUGGCGGUGACGAUGAAGAGGACACGUACGAGGAAGCAGAACCUUACGUAGCGUCAGAAACCACCGCGUCCAACACAGGUACCGCACACAGCAGAGGAGCCUCGGCGGGCCUAAAGCCACUGAACAGGAACCUGUUCCUUCCUCCAGAGAGGGCGGAGUCAGAGAGCAGUCACUACGAGUCGUACGGUGAGGAAGAGGAUGAUGAGGAUGAAGGAGGCGGCCUUGUGAAGGACAGAGCUCACUACAUCCAGUGGAGCAGCUCCCAGAUCAGCCUGCGGCCCACGCCGGAGUCCCGGCUCUGCGGGUACCUGUGGAGGAGGAAGUGGCUCGGACAGUGGAGCAAGCAGCUCUUCAUCAUCAAGAACGACAUGCUGCUGUGCUAUAAAUUUGCCCGGGACCUGCUGCCCCAGCUGGAGUUGAACCUUCACGGCUGUCAGAUUGUCUACAAGUCGAAGAGCAGCGCUAAGAUCCAGCACCAGCUCAAACUGGUCCCACUGGGCUCUGAGUCUCUGGUUCUGGGCUACAGCAGCUUCCAGCAGGCGGACGAGUGGAGGAAGGUGAUCGAGGAGGUGAGCGCUGGAGGGGAAGUGGAGUCUCACAGCUUCUCCUCUCUGAGUAAAUCUGACCUGCGACUGUCCUGCAGGUCCAGUACAGUUCUUACCGACUCUGAUGAGGAGAAACCUUCAGCUUACUGCAGCCUCAACAGAGACAAAGGGUUCCUGAACGUCCUGAUGAACUGCCAGUGGCAGAGUUUACUGUGUCAGGUGGAGGACGGCGUCCUCAACAUGUUCGGAGAGGAGAUGGAGAAAGACGAGGAGGAAGAGGUGAAGCGGUCGCCUCAGUACACGGUCCAGCUCCGAGGCUGUGAGGUCAGAGACGACCCAGACCGCUGCUACAGGAUCACACUGAGCAUGCUCGGCGACCAGGUGGCCGUGCUGGAGGUGAGCUCGUUGGAGGAAAAAGAAAAAUGGCUGAAGCUGCUGCAGGACGGAGCGGCCAGUCGUGGUUACCAUGACAACAAGACUCAGGAGAACACAGGUGGCGCCCUCAGCGGGCUGCAAACGCGCCGGUUCCCAACCUGCAACGCCUACAUGGACGACCCGUUCUGCCUUACCAGAACCACCAGCAGUCAGCCCCUCUACUGCAACUCCGCUGCACAGAAAGCCCUGCAGCACGGCUCUCAGGAUUCAGCUCACCGUAACUCGGCGUCGUCCAGAGAAUCGGUGACCUACAGCAACACGGUGCUGAGCAGCGGCAGCAGCAGCCGGAUGGCGCCGGCGGUGCAGCGCGACGUCCAGAAGCUGAAGCUGGUCGACACGCCGGCGGUGCAGCUGAGAACCGGGUCCGAAACCAACCUGGCGUCUGCUGUGAAGCGAAACAAGCGCACCUCCUUCAGGCAGUCUCUGGCCAUCUGCACUGAGCGCGCUCAGGCGGGCUUCCUGAACCCUCUGCUGCGGCGGACGGCCUCGGCCAAGAACUCUCUGAGACGAGCUCCGUCUGCGCUCUUCAUCGAACACGGGAAGGUUUUCCAGAGGAAGAAGGAAUGGGAGACCAAAGCUGCUGCCUGACGUUUUCCUCCUCAUCAGCCUCCAUCAGGCCUGCAGGCGGCGCAGAAACGCUCUGCUCUGAUUGGCUGUUUGGACUCUAAUCAUUCAAACUGCUUAAAGGUGACCAACUGGAUCAACUGGAUCAACUGGCUCACUGGGUCCAGUAGAGCCAGUUGAGAAAACACUGAUCCGUUUAUUAUAAUCAAGAACAAAAGAACUUUCCAUGAUUCAUUUCUAUUGGCUCCAGUUAAGCUUCUAUUUGUCUGAACUGUUGGUUCUGGACUCAAUCUGCUCCUGCAACACGCGGUCCAGCGCCUGGCCCUUUAAGGCUGCCCUCCGCCUGCUUCUGAUUGGCUGUUAAGGGGUGGGAACAUACGACCAUGCCAGUUGGAAAAGCUGCCUGAUUAGAGAUUAACUGAGGUCAGUUUACUAUUUAACUAAAGCAGGGAAAUGCCCACGGCCUCAAACUACCAGGGUGCCAGGGGCCCGAGGUGCCAGGGGCCCGA